AUGGCUCUAGGGGCGGAAUGGGGAUUGAGCUGGCAAAGGUCACAUGGAGGCUACAGAAAACAGGAAGGACAGAGACAAAGAGGCCAAGGGACGCCAACCUGGGCGCUCCCAAGGGCCAAGAAGAGACUCCUGUGGUAUCUCCUCCUGACAGCACUUGGCUUCUUAGGCCUGUACCUAUGCAGGCUCGGUAGUCUCAGGUCGUUAGAAGUCUUCCUCCCCAUGGGCAUCUGCCCAUGGGCCACAAUGCCUCUGCUGAGGGACAACUUCACAGGUGCCCUGCGACACUGGGCCCGGCCUGAAGUCCUGACCUGUACCUCUUGGGCAGCACCAAUUAUUUGGGAUGGUACCUUCGACCCACAUGUAGCUGAGCAAGAGGCGAGACGGCAGAACCUCACCAUUGGACUGACUGUCUUUGCUGUAGGCAGGUACCUGGAGAAGUACCUGGAACACUUCCUGGACUCUGCAGAGCAGUACUUCAUGGUGGGUCAGAGCGUGACGUACUACGUGUUCACUGAUCGCCCGGAAGCAGUGCCCUACAUGGCGCUGGGCCAGGGUCGCCUGCUGCGGGUGGAACGUGUGCAGCAAGAGAACCGCUGGCAGGAUGUGUCGAUGGCGCGCAUGCACACGCUACACGAGGCGCUGGGAGGUCAGCUAGGACAAGAGGCUGACUAUGUAUUCUGCCUGGACGUUGACCAGCACUUCACCAGUAACUUCGGGCCCGAGACACUGGCCGAUCUGGUGGCGCAGCUGCACGCCUGGCACUACCACUGGCCGCGGUGGCUGCUGCCCUAUGAGCGGGACAAGCGAUCAGCUGCUGCCCUGUCGUUUGGCGAGGGCGACUUCUACUACCAUGCGGCCUUGUUCGGGGGCAGUGUGGCGGCACUGCGCAAGCUGACGGCUCACUGUGCGCUUGGCCAGCAGCUGGACCGUGAGCGUGGCGUCGAGGCAAUCUGGCACGAUGAGAGCCACCUCAACAAGUUCUUCUGGCUGUACAAGCCCACCAAGGUGCUGUCGCCUGAGUUCUGCUGGGACCUGCUAAUUGGCUGGAGGACAGAGAUCCACAGCCCUCGCCUGCUCUGGGAGCCCAAGGAGUAUGCAUUGGUGCGAAACUAACCCGUUCCCCUGACAGGCCAGGUGCGGCAGCAUCUUUCAAGAUCAUGAAGCCGAGCCCGGUUAUAGCGCCUUCCCCGGUUAUAGUGCCUCUGGAAGGGGAAUUUUGGAGCUCAGAGGUCUUGAAAAGAGGUUCCUGUUCCUGGGGCCUAGAGACCCUGGUACCAACAGCUGGCCGGCUGGCUACUCCCUUUGCUCUAACCAGAUACAAGUUACGGAAAAGCGAGAGGAAGCUCUUCCCCCAGAACCUACUUUGGUAGCUCUUGGA